GACACCGACACCGGGACCGGGACCGGGGGAGAGGUUGUGGUAUAACUACUAAAGGAGCCGAAGGGGUAUUUUUGUUAAACAAAGUCCUUCCCCGGUGUGUGUGUGUGUGUGUGUGUGUGUUUGCACAGUGCAGUGCCCGGAGCGGCGCUGAGCGGCAGUUGUUCCGAUCACAGCGAUCGUUUUUGAUGCAGAAGAGGACUGCUGUUCUGCACUGCAAAGAGGCUGCUAGCGAUGGGAGCCCACCCCAGCUGGUGGUUGCUGUAGGAUGGUGGCGGACAGUGAUCUGACUGACAGAGCCGCCAAUGCCAGAGAGCGACUGCAGCCUCAGAUAGUGGAGGUCGCGGAGGCCGGAGCCCAGCCUGGACAGCCUGGAGAGCCGCGGGACGGGGCCAGACACCAGCCGCAAACUCACUUCUCGACGUUCAGGUCUAUGGAUGAUUACCUCAUUGUCAACAGGGCAUCCAGGUACCUGGAGGCCAGUGGGUUUUACUGGGGGCCGAUGACAGUGGAAGUUGCUCACAGCAAGCUAAAGAGUGAGCCUCCGGGCACCUUCUUGAUCAGGGACAGCAGUCAGAACAAUUGCUUUUUCUCGCUCAGUGUGAGUACCCACGGCGAGGCCAUCAGCACCAGGAUACGGUUGCGGGACGGACUCUUCAGGCUGGAUUGCCACAACGAGUCGUUCGACUGUGUUAUGAAGUUAAUCGAACACUUUACAGUCUCGCCCCAGAAGUUUCUCGGCAAGCCUCUUCGGAAGGUCAGGUUGCAGUCUCUGCAGGAGAUCUGCAGGAAAAGGAUUAUUGAAUCAUUUGGGAAGGAGAACACUGCUCGGCUCCCGUUAAAUCCAUUUUUCAGAGAGUAUCUUGACGUCUUUCCAUUUCGGAUUUAAAAGCAGCAUUAUCCCCACCAGGACACGUGAAGAGGAGCUAAUGGAACCUGGGCAUUUUGGAGGGAUGGCCGCAAAUACCUGUCGUGUCCACACCUGGAUUACUGCCUUUUGUAGCAUCCUGUUUUACUUGAACAUUCUAACUGUUUACAUUGAAACGAUAUGUUUACACUAUGUGGGACUAAAACUCCCAUUGAUACUCUCUGCUAUGCAGAGUUUUGA